AUGGAAAUCCACGACUAUACUUGGAUCUUUGCUGUAGGCAUGGUGGUGGCCUUUGCCGAUGCUUUUGGUAUCGGUGCUAAUGAUGUGGCCAAUUCAUUUGCCACUUCAGUCUCUUCAGGCUCACUGACACUGGUGCAGGCUUGUAUUGUCGCUUGCUUUACUGAAUUCUUGGGUGCUGUAUUACUCGGUGCUGAAACUGCUGAAACCAUCAAAGGCGGUAUUUUAGCAAUCGAUCACUAUGUUCAACAGCCAGAAAUGCUCAUGCUGGCCAUGUUCUGUGCUCUUUGCGGUUCUGCUACUUGGGUAUUAACAGCUUCUCGCUUUGGAUGGCCCGUCAGUACAACUCACUCUAUUGUGGGUGCCAUCAUUGGUGUUGGUAUCUCUUCAUUUGGUGCCAACUCGAUUGAUUGGGGUUUCAGUGGUGAUUUCACUGGUGUUGCUCAAAUUAUCACUUCAUGGUUCCUCUCGCCUAUUGCCGCUGGUGUCGUUGCUGCCAUCAUUUACAUGAUCACUAAAUAUGCCAUCUUGAGGCGUGUUGAGAGCUUCAAGUGGGGCAUUCGUUUGGUUCCCGUCUACUUUUUCUUUACUGCUGGUAUUGAAGCAUUCUACAUCAUCUACAAGGCGCCAGGCGGUGGAUCAAAGCACAUGAACAUUGGCACUAUUGUUGGCAUUGCUAUUGGUGUCGCUGCUGGCUGUGCUGCUUUUGGCCAAUUCUGCUUCUGUCCCUGGGUUGUUCGCAAGAUCAAAGGAAGAGAAGUGCUCAAGUUGCACCACAUGUUUUACAUCUUUCUUGUCAAGAAGCAACCUACUAUUGAAGAAAUCACUGAAGCCGAAAACCGCGUCAACUCUCGUCCUGCCUCUAUUCGAUCUGGUGCCCAUCUUGACGACGAGGCUGCUGUUGACAACGAAAUGCUUUCUCCUGGCGAAGUGAACGAGAAAUUGAAGCAAUUGAACUCUGAUGCUGAAGUAACUCAAAGCGAAAACGUCGUCUCUGCCGUUAAUGUACCUGAAAGCAAGGGCAACUGGCUCACUACCAGAGUUACCGAGUACAAGACCAAGUUUGUUGGUGCAGCUAUGAAUGGUCUCCGUCAAGAUGUUCGCAACUUGGACAAUGAUAAACUCGCUCACGUCCAUGCCAACGCUGAACUCUUUGAAGAUGAUGCUGAAUAUCUCUUUUCUUUCUUGCAAGUCAUCACUGCUUGUAUGGCUUCCUUUGCUCAUGGCUCCAAUGAUGUAUCCAAUGCUGUUGGCCCCAUUUCAUCCAUUUAUGAGAUCUGGUCCACUGCCCAAGUCGAUGUUAGUGGUAAGGUGCCAAUUCCUGUCUGGAUUCUCGUUUAUGGUGGUGUUGCAAUCGAUUUUGGUCUUGCUAUCAUGGGCUAUCGUGUGAUGCGCGCUAUGGGUAACAACAUUACCUAUUUCACUCCCUCUCGUGGUUUCUGUGCCGAAUUAUCAGCUGCUCUUACUGUGCUCACAUGCUCUCAACUUGGCUUACCUGUCUCUACCACUCAUUGUAUUACUGGUGCAUCUGCAGCAAUUGGUCUCUGUAACACUAAUGGCUGGAAGGCUGUCAAUUGGAAAAUGCUUGCUUGGUGCUGGUUCUCUUGGUUCCUUACUCUUCCAGCUGCAGGUCUCGUUGCUGGCCUUCUCUUUGCUCUCUUGGCUAAUGCACCCAAAUUUGUUUAA